AUGCCGUUUAUCGUCCACGCACGUCGAGCGUGCGCGCGCGCCGCGCGCGUACUCACGCAGUAUCGGCGCGAAUACAUAGCUCUCAGCGCCGGGAACGGUGAUCACGGUCGUCUAGGUCACGGCUCACCCGACGAAGCCCAUGACGGAUGGUCACCUCGAAGUUCCAACUACUUUCACCCGGUCGAGGGCGUGAGCGAUCUCGAUGUGCGCGCCGUCGCCGCCGGCGGUGCGCACAGCGUAUUUCUCGUCGCCGGUGGACACGUAUUCACGUGCGGGCUGAACGCGGAUGGACAGCUGGGACACUCGGCGGGGCUGCCGUUCUCGCCGGAGCCCAUGCUGGUGAGACUGGACGUCGAAGUCGUAAGCGUAGCCGCUGGGAACGGUCACACGCUGUGCGUCGACGUCGACGGCUGCGUCUGGGCAUUUGGAAAAAAUACUGCGGGGCAGCUCGGGACUGGAAACGUCGACGGGACGAUUCCACGGAAGAUUGGUGCGCUUGCGAAGGAAGCCCGCGUGGCGCAGGUGGCGUGCGGCGCGGAGCAUUCUCUCGCCGUGGCUGACGACGGACGCGUGUACUCAUGGGGCUCGAGUACGGAUGGUGUGCUUGGGCACGGAUCAGAGACCUGGAACGACGGAUGGUUUUAUCGCACCGCGAGGGCUGAAUUGGCGCCGAGAUUGGUGCGUUCGCUCGAGGACAAAAAGGUGGUGGCUGUCGCCGCUGGGCAUAUGCAUUCGGCGUGUAUCGACGACCGAGGGAACUUGUACACGUGGGGUCAAGGAAGAUUUAACCAACUUGGAUUGAGUGCGAAGCCUUCGGACCACGAGACGACGCCUUCGCCUGUCAUGUCGCUUCGAUUUGUACAUGAAAUCGCGUGCGGCGGUUUACACAGUCUCGCAAACACAAAUGCCGGAGUCGUGUCGUGGGGGGCGAAUCAACACGGCGAACUCGGGCAUGGUCACCAUUCAGAUAUCAAGUCAGCUGUCCCGAAACCCAUUAAAAUGGGCUCACGCGGUUGGUCAAAACUUGCCGCUGGUUGGAAGCACUCUGCUGGUAUCGCGAAUGGCAAGUUGUUCGCGUGGGGAUUUGGCGGUUCAAUGGGUUCGUACGCGGACGAGAAAAUGUCCAGCGGUGGUCAGUUAGGUUUAGGAAAUGAGUUUGACUUUUGGGAACCACACGAAGUUUCUGUUCCAGGUGAAGUCAAAGAUGUUUCGUGUGGAUUUAAUCACACGCUCGCGUUGGUAGAUACUCAUAGCUAG